AUGCCAUCUGUGGUUGUUUUGAAGCUGAAUUUUGGAUUAAGGAGAGCUAUAGUUGGUAGAAAUUUGGUUUCUUUGGUGUCGAAUACUAGUAAGUUGUCACCAAGGAGGUCUCUUGCUAGGAUUUCAAUGGCUGCUUCUAGUUCCAAAGCUGUGUUUGGUGAUGUUCAUUUCGAUGACAUGAUUGCCACUUGUGGGAAUGGAUUGGACUUUUCAAAACCCAGUGGUGUCUUUUUCUCUGAUAGAAGUCGUUCUAGUUGUCUAAAAGCCAGUGUUAAAAUGAGAUAUGGUGAGUUGCCGGAUACUCGUUUGGUGUGUGGAAACUUUAUGUUUGAUGCAAUUAGAGGGAAUGGUAAAGCAAAGAAUUUAGUUCUUGGGCCGUGGUUGAAGAACUUGCAUUCUUCAUCUUCUGCGUGUUUCUCUGCUGCGUCUGCUCAAGAUGUGUCAUUUGAUGGGAAUUCUCGCGAGGAACGGCUAGUAGAGUCCACUAUGGUAUCUGGCCAAAACUUGAAGCUACUCUCAGGAUCAUGUUACUUGCCACAUCCUGAUAAGGAAGCGACCGGUGGGGAAGAUGCUCACUUCAUGUGUGAAGAUGAACAAGCCAUAGGUGUAGCAGAUGGUGUAGGUGGCUGGGCAGAUGUAGGAGUCAAUGCAGGGGAAUUUUCUCGUGAACUUAUGUCUCAUUCAUUACGUGCAAUUCAAGAGGAACCUGAUAGUUCCAUUGACCCAGCCAGGGUUUUGGAGAAGGCUCACUCAAACAUGAAAGCUAAGGGUUCUUCGACGGCCUGCCUCAUUGCCCUUAAAAGUGAGGGAAUAAGUGCUAUUAAUCUGGGAGACAGUGGAUUCAUGGUGGUUAGAGAUGGAUGUACUAUCUUUCAAUCCCCAGUGCAGCAGCAUGGUUUCAAUUUUACAUAUCAACUGGAAAGUGGCAAUGGAGGUGAUCUACCCAGCUCUGGGCAGGUUUUUACAAUUCCUGUUGCUUCUGGUGAUGUCAUUAUAGCUGGGACAGAUGGAUUAUUUGACAACUUAUAUAACAACGAGAUUACUGCUGUUGUGGUUCAUGCUAUAAGAACUGGCCUAGGGCCUGAAGCAACUGCUCAGAAGAUUGCAGCUUUGGCACGUCAGCGAGCAGUGGAUAGGAACCGGCAGACGCCAUUUUCCACUGCAGCUCAAGAUGCUGGGUAUCGCUAUUAUGGAGGCAAACUAGAUGACAUCACUGUCGUUGUGUCAUAUAUAACGAAAUCUGCCAAUAAGUGA